UUCCACGCUCCGUGCAUGCGUGUGUGUGACAGAAAUCCGGGAGCCAGCCCUGCCCAGCUCCCCGUUCUGCUGGAGGGAUGGCAUGGGCUUUGGCCGUUUCCCGUCCGUGAAUUCCUGCCGCGGAGCGGAGAGCAGGCGGUGGAAUGGGCUGUGCAGCCACUCGGGAAGGCUUUGGUGGUCCACGACCAGGCAGCACGGGGGCCCGGAUGCCCAGGGAUCUUCUCCAUCGUGGUGUUUGGCUCCAUUGUGAAUGAGUGCUACGUGAACAAGGACAGCCAGAGCUCCGAGCUGCUCUGCAUCUUCAACGAGAAUGAGAGCGCCUGCAGCUACGGCGUCGCCGUCGGCAUCAUCGCCUUCUUCGGCUGCAUCUUCUUCUUCAUCGUGGACCUGUACUUCCAGCAGAUCAGCAGCGUCAAGGACCGCAAACGGGCUGUGCUGCUGGACCUCGGCUUCUCAGGUUUCCUGGCCUUCCUGUGGUUUGUGGCCUUCUGCUUCCUGGCCAACCAGUGGCAGCGGACGACGCUGACCAGGGCCUUUGCGCAGGGGGCUGAUGCUGCACGGGCAGCCAUCACCUUCUCCUUCUUCUCCAUCAUCAUCUGGGUGGUGCUGGCAGUGAGGGCCCUGCAGAGGUACCGCCUGGGCACGGACAUGUCGCUCUUUGCCACCGACCAGUUCCCCGCCGACCCGAGCGCGCCGUACCCCGGGUACCCCGUGGGCAGCGGCACCGAGAGCACGGAGACCUACCAGAGCCCCCCCUUCACCGAGACCUUAGAGGCCAACCCCAAAGGUUACCAAGUGCCAGCGUACUGAGGGCCCGGGGCGUCCCCGGGGCCGCGUCCCACGGUGCAGCACCGGAUCCGGCCGAUCCCAAAUGUAUUCAGUCCCAUUUCCUUGCCGUGGCCAGUCAGUGCUGGGUCCCUUUAUUAGCUCGUUGUGCAGUGAAUUCUGUACAGUGGUAUUGGUUCUUGUCUUACCUGUCCCAGGGUUUCUAAAAGCAGUGUUCCCUCUAAGCCAGAAGGAAGGAAGGUUGUUACCACAUCACCUACACGUGGGGAAGAUGAAUAAAUGCCCUCUCUAAGCCUUGGUGCCGGGUGCUGGCUCUGCUGGGAAAGCCCAGGACACCUUUUCCUCUUAGAAAACAGUAGCUGAGGAGUUAUUUCUCUCAUUCUGAGGAGUUAUUUAUCUCGUUCUUCCAGAGCUAACACAGAAUCUGUUGAGGGUGGGUGGGUGGUGGGGAGGGUUGGGCUCCUGCUGAGGAGCUUUCCAGUCCAUGUUCCAUGGAAAGUGCCAAAUUCACAAGGAAGUUAAGUGGUGUCUGUGUUACUUUUCUUUGUAUAUAUUUACUGUACAAAACAAAUAUCCAAACAGGUGUUUCAAACUUGGCUUAGAGGCACGGGGGGAGGUCACAGUGGGUCGGGGUCAGGGUCAAUAUCCAGAUUAAGUCUGUUCUUCAAUGGGUUCUGCUCAAGGGUGUAAAAAGUUACUGUUUGAAACUGGAAACCAGUUCAGCAGUAGCUGGCUGCUAACUGGGAAUAGCCUGUGAUCAGCAGGAUAUGGCAUGUUGUGGUUCUGUUUGUUCACCAGGGAAUUGGGAAGUUUCUGGUUGGCAGCGCUGCCACGUCCUCCCGCUCAGCCCUGGCACCAAGGGCGGGGGCUCAGAUGCAAAGUCCAAGGCCAUUAGGAGCAAUAUUGGACUUGUGUUUUCAUACUGGGAGCAGCCACCAUCUGUCAGCUGCAGCAGAACCCCAGGUGGGGACAUGUGUGUCACCCUGCAGUCUCCAGAAAUGAGGAAUUCAGGCAGGGAACUGGAAAGGCUUCACAGGCCAUUGAAGUCCCUCCCGACUGGGCUCACAUGUUUGGAAAUGGGGGGAGAGAGUCAGUGAAAAGCACCCAGGAAAGAGGCUCAGUUUGGAGUUUCAGCUGCAAAAUUCCUGCCUUGUAAAAACAAAAUAUGUAAAAUCCAGUGGGUCCUUGUCAGCCACCUGCCGGCUUUCCCUUCCAGCUUUCCCUUCCAGCUUUCCCUGCCGGCUUUCCCUGCUGGCUUUCCCUGAUAACUUUCCCUGAUGACUUUCCCUGCCUGUGCAGCAGCUGAUCCAGGCCAUGUGUCCCUGAGGACUGAGCAGAGGAGCUGAAACUUGACUUCUUGACCCCCUUGGUGGCAGCUCCAUCCUUGGAGACCCCCAGCUCUCCCAGCUCUCCAGCACUCCGGGAUCUUGCCUUGCCAGUUCCCUCCGGCAAAGCCGCUGCUGCCUUCGCCCUCGUGAGGAGCAACAGUCAGAGCCUGCUCCUCCCUGUGGAGCAGGUCCUGGUCACCACCACCACAGCUCAUUCCUGCUGCCAAAUCCCAUUUAAACCAAGUAAUCAGCAGCAAAUCCUCCUGAGCGGUCACUGCCGGUGACAAAGUGCAUUCCCUGCCUCCCUCCAUCCAGGCCGAGUUCCAUGAGCAUUCCCUGGCUGUGCCAGUGCUGAGCUCCUCACAGGUGCCUGACCAGGGACACCCAAACCCCAGGGUAGCCUAAAUGAAUUCCAGGAUCUUUGUGGUUUUGUGGAGCCAGUCUUGCUGGGAAAGGAAAAACCCCAAGGAUUUUAAUACAGGGUCCGGUAGAACUGUAGCAAUAUUUUCCUUAGAGGGAACACUGAAACUUUAGCAGCACAACCAGUACUCGUGUUAAUAUUUUAGCAAAAUUAUAAUCAAUUUAAAUGUUUAAAUUGAUUGUACGUGAGAUAAUGUUCGUUCGGUACAGUGUAUUUUUUCUAACUAUAAUAUAACUGUUCCAGAGUUUCCUUGUAUCCGUGAAGAGCUAAAGCUGUGUCUGCCUGCGGGACGUGUCCUGCCCCCUGUACCCCCCAUGCUGAAUAUUACACGCUCUGAAUGUC